GCCGACGCGAUCGAAAAUUUCGGGGGAGCUCUCUCUCUCUUAGGAGAGACGGCGACGCCAGUGCACACAACUCCGCGCGCAAGCACAACCAAGAGGAGGACGUGUCCCGAUCUCGAGCUAUACGCUACUACACCACCAACUCCGUUUACCGCGCGCGCUUCUUGUACAUAUAGAACCUCUCCUCGUCUCGUCACGCCGCGGCGACGGGAAGACUACGUGGAAGACGGGGACGCGAAACAUCUUCUCAGAUGGAAAUUGCGUGUCUAAUGUAAUUUGCAAUGAAACGUGUUCGUGGACUGGAAGACGUAGCAACACCACCAGCAAAGCACUCAUCAGUGAGUGCGGGAAGUGGCUUGGGUGGUGGAGGAGGUAGCCUAGAGUAUCACACAACCAGUGGUGGUAUUGGUGUGGUUGUACCUGGUCAAGCAGUUCGAUCUGUUACUUCAAAAGAGAUGCCAGGAAGCAUACAAUUUGGUACUGCCCAGGCUCAGCAACAAUACACUGGUGCGAUUGUUGUGCCGACUGCAGCACCUUCUCCCAUCAAACAAGCUACUGGCUCUGGGGGAGGACUAAGUUCUACAUGCAGUAGUAGUAAUUUAAGUACCAGCGGCGGUCUGCACAGUGGUAUAGGUGGUAGUGGUAGUCAUACAAUGGCUUCUCAACAACCUACAUCAGGAUCACAAAAUCAGGUCCACACUCAACAGCAAUCAACAAUUAGACAUAAGGUUCAUUCUGGCAAUGUAACACCAUUGGCUUCUACUCCACCUGGCGGCCCCACAUUGAGUGGAGGAAGUGGUUCCCAACAAUUUCAGAGAUUAAAGGUUGAAGAUGCGUUAUCUUAUCUCGAUCAAGUGAAAUACAAAUUCAGCGAUCAACCACAGGUGUACAAUGAUUUCUUAGAUAUUAUGAAAGAAUUCAAGUCUCAAAGUAUAGAUACGCCAGGUGUUAUUACCCGAGUGAGCCAUCUAUUCAAAGGACAUCCCGAACUUAUCGUUGGUUUCAAUACAUUUCUCCCACCAGGCUACAAAAUCGAAGUACAAGCAAACGAACAAGGAUACGCCUUUCAAGUUUCUGUCAGUAUGCCGAGUCCAACGGCAACGCACACGUCAUCGACGUUAUCGCAACAUCAUUGUACAGUAAACGUUGGUUCACCACCUGUGGCCAGCCCGCCUACACAACCCGCAAAAGCUCCUCCGGUUUUACAAAUAAUACCAGGGUCGGGUAACAUACAUCAUACUUUGGCAAACAGUAUUACGACUAACAGUUUAACCGUUCAUGCGCCUUCUCCACCGCCAGUACCGGUGUACAAUAAUUCUCACGUUAGUACUGCACAAGCGCAAGCCGUUAGUCAGGCUUUAAGCCAAGCGGACGGUGUAUCGACUGGCGGACAAACGCAACAAAGUCAACCGGUUGAAUUUAAUCAUGCAAUAAAUUAUGUAAACAAAAUAAAGAAUCGCUUUCAAGGUCAGCCAGAUAAAUAUAAACGAUUCUUAGAGAUAUUACACACGUAUCAGAAAGAACAGCGAAAUUUGAAAGAAUCCGGCCACAUGGGAGGUACAAGUUCAAGUGCCACAGGUGGAACAAAACACUUAACUGAAGCGGAAGUUUACAGCCAAGUCGCUAAAUUGUUUGAAAAUCAAGAAGAUCUGCUUGCUGAAUUUGGACAGUUCUUACCCGACGCUACCAAUCAGCAAACUUCAUUGUCUGCCGUGUUUCAGACUAACAAAACGACGUCCAUAAACGAUCACACGGGCAUUGUUAAAAAAUGGGGAGCGGGAUUUGGAAAACCACCUUGCAACAAUUCGGGAACUAUAUCGAGGGAUCUUCGCGAGUCGAGCAGUACGGCCGGACUGGAACGUGAUAGUCGUGAUCAUAGGGAGAGAGAACGGGAGCGUGAUAGAUCGAACGUAAGAGACAUGAACAGCGGUCAGAAGUUCGGACACAGUACAGGACAGUUGAAGAGAAGUCCUUCGUUCUCGACCACGGUAACGGCGGGCAAUUCUCAUCACAUACAACACGGGCCACCGCCUCUCAAGAAGCCUAAAGUCGCUUCGAUACGUGAUGUUACCAUCGCAGAGGCUGGAAAGUACGGUACUUUGAACGACUACGCUUUCUUCGACAAGGUCCGAAAAGCUCUCAGAUCGCAGGACGUUUACGAGAACUUCCUUCGAUGUCUUGUACUUUUCAAUCAAGAGAUCAUAUCAAAAACGGAACUCAUUCAGUUGGUGACGCCAUUUCUCAGUCGUUAUCCCGAGCUGUUAAGAUGGUUCAAGGAUUUUCUUGGGUACUUGUCGGACUCGUCUACCUCAACGACGAACGCGGGAAAUGCGUUGGGAGUGGAAACAUUUCCGAACAAUAUUGUGCGGAGCCAUCAGGAACGGCCGCAAGGCGAUUUGGCAAUGGAGAUCGAUUACACGGCGUGUAAGCGAUUAGGAGCGUCUUAUUGCGCGUUGCCCAAGUCGUACAUUCAACCAAAAUGCAGCGGGAGAACGCAACUGUGCAAAGAGGUUCUCAAUGACACGUGGGUCUCGUUUCCAACUUGGUCAGAAGACAGCACAUUCGUAACGUCAAGGAAAACCACCUACGAAGAAUCCAUAUAUCGAUGCGAAGACGAGCGUUUCGAGUUGGACGUUGUCAUAGAAACCAACGCGUCGACCAUAAGAGUCCUCGAGGGUGUUUCUAAGAAGAUAAGCAGAAUGUCCCAAGAGGAGGCGCAAAAAUUCAAGCUUGACGAUUGUCUCGGAGGUUGCUCUCCCACGAUUCAUCAGCGAGCAAUAAGAAGGAUAUACGGCGACAAAGCUCCCGAUAUUAUAGAGGGUCUCAAAAAGAGUCCCACGGUUGCCGUGCCCGUCGUGCUACGUCGACUAAAGACGAAAGAGGAGGAGUGGCGGGAGGCGCAAAAAGGAUUCAACAAAAUCUGGAGAGAACAGAACGAGAAGUACUACUUGAAGUCUCUGGAUCAUCAGGCCCUGAACUUCAAACAGACCGAUGUGAAAGCGUUGAGGUCCAAGAGUUUGUUCAAUGAGAUCGAAACUUUGUACGACGAAAGACACGAACAAGGUGACGAGGGUAACGGCGACGGUCAGGGAAAUAGUGGUCCGCAUCUCGUUCUUCCGUACAAAGACAAAUCCGUGUUGGACGACGCCGCUAACCUCUUAAUUCACCAUGUCAAACGGCAAACCGCUAUUCACAAAGAGGACAAGCAAAGGAUAAAACUUUUACUUAAGCAUUUUAUACCCGAUCUCUUUUUCCAUCCCCGACAAGAACUUAGCGACGACGAGAGGGACGAAGAUGACGAAAAGGAAGAUAUGAGCGUGACGCCGUGCAACAAUUCCCAAUCGUUACCUUGCGGUUUGCAAGUAAACAAGAAUAAGGCUCCCGUGUCACCAAACACGUCUUCCACCACGGUCAAACCCGAUCCCGACAUCAAAGUGCCCAUACACGCUCUCUCGAACGAUCCCGAGGAGGCGUACACGCUUUUCAUGGGCAGCAAUAAUUGGUACCUAUUCCUGAGGUUACACCACAUACUCUGCGAGAGAUUAACGAAGAUGUAUGACAGAGCGGUUGUUCUUGCCGAAGAGGAGUCCAAGUACAAGCAGCAACGCAAGGAGAGCGCGGCGGUGGCUUUGAGAUUAAAACCAAAAAGUGAGAUCGAGAUCGAGGAAUAUUAUCCCGCAUUUCUCGACAUGAUUAAAAAUGUUCUCGAUGGUAAUAUGGAAAGCACGGCGUACGAGGACACGUUACGAGAAAUGUUUGGUAUACAUGCUUACAUUGCCUUCACUCUUGAUAAGGUUGUGACGUACGCGGUGAGACAAUUGCAGCACUUAGUCACAGACUCCAUAUGUCAGCAAUGUAUGGAAUUGUUCCAAAGGGAACAACGUCAGCCUAAAGAGAAUAACGGAGCCGGUGGAUUGUGCGCCACGGCGUACAUGAGGUUAGGACCCGAAUUGUCGUAUCAACGUAAAGCAGAAAAAGCUAUGGCUGAUGAAAACUGCUUCAAGAUAUACAUAUACAAGAAAGACUGUAAAAUGACGAUGGAGUUGUUAGAUUCAGAAGGCGACGAAGUAAUGGAUAGCAGCUGUAGGGAGAGAGAAAGAGAAGGCGUCGCGGUGUCUGAAAAAUGGUCGACAUACGUUGAGAGAUUUUCUGCUCCAGCUGGUCAAACUAGCCCAAAAGACACUCCUGCCUUAACAGAGAAUGAGCCGACGACCAAUCAUCCUGUGAGUAGCGAGCAGGCAGCAAGGGGGGGGAGGGGCAGAAAACGCAAGAACACAGACAAUUAUAAAAAGGCCGACGGAAGUGGUUGGAGCUCCGUGGGCAGAAUCUCGGCGGAACGUAAACCUGUUUUUCUCGAUCGUAAUUUAAAAUCGUAUCAGAGGCACGCUUCGAAACUGAUGAGAGACAAACCUUUGAUUAAUGCUAAUCAUCCGGAAAGAGGCGCCGAAUCGAUUGACACCCCGGACAUUAUCAAUUCGGACGAAACACAAUGUAGAUUUAAUCCAAAUAGUUACACGAUGUGUUUCAUUGUCAACAAGGACAAGCUUAUUUAUAAGCGAAACUCCAUUAGUCGCGCUAAGGAGAUUCAUCCGACCGUGACAAAGCGCAAAGACUCGAAGUUUCACCAUUGGCACGCAUCGUGGAUGUCGAAAAAUGGCACGGACGUUCAGCAUCGACAGUGUCAAGAUUGGCUGAUGGGACGAUACGAGAAUUUAAUUCCUCACAGAACGCGAGUAAUAACGGACAAUGAUCAAACGCGUUCCCCUUAUCGUCAGUACAAUCGUUUUCGAGUCGAACGUCUGCAGUCUGAUCUGUUAACGGAGUCUUGCGUCUAAUCCUCUUCGUUUUUACGCGGAAAUUGAAAUCGUGUGUGAUCGCUUAAGAAUUUAACUGUAAUGUGAAGAAAAAAAAAAAAAAAAAGAAAUUCAACUCGUCACAAUUAAAUCUCAUAUCAGCAAAGGUCUGUGUGAAUCCGAGUCUUUCUCGGAAAUUAUUUGUACUAUUAAUUAUUUAAUAAGUAAGUAAUUUAAUUUCGCGCAAAACUGUUGAUAAUAUUAUUUUUAUUGCAUAUAGACGAUGAUGUUCGAUUAUUCGAAAAAAGUUUUUUUUUUGGGCUGGCCGAUAAUUCGAAGAGCGUCGAAUAAUAAUAUUAAAAAAAAAAAAAAAACGCAGGUCGGUGACCGUCCAAAUGUGAAUAAAUUGUAUCUUAUUAGGAAUAGGUUUUUUUUUUUUUUUUUUAUUAUUUUGCACUUACAUAGAAACACGGAUGAUACAUAACGAUACGAUCACGUUGCCCGAUUUGAUCGGCGCUAUCGCACUAAAAAUUUGAUUUUAAUAACCAUAAUCGCGGUACGAACGUGUAACUGCGAAUUCUCGUCUGACAUUGCAAAAUUAUAAUUUUUUUAUUGCGUUCUUCGGAAGAUUACAACUUUUAAUCGAUUUUUUGGCGGAUUAUGACGUCGAUAAAAAAAAAGAAAAACACAUUUACAUGCUCGAAAGUUGAAUUGCAUUUUGCUCUUUCUACGUAUUGACACAUUUGAUCUCGGGGUUACUUUCGAUAUUUUAUUAAAUAUGUAUGUAUGUAUAUAUAUAUAUAUAUAUAUACGGAGAUACACACAUAAUCUUGUAUGCGUAGAAAUAUAGAUAAACGUAUAUUGGUCUCUGCGCGUAGAAAUAAGAUAUACACGUGCGUAUAAAUCUUAUUUCUAGAUAGAAAGUCGAAAAUAUAUUGUUUUUUUUUUACGAGAAAGCAAAAAUAAAUGGAGGAUUACUUUUGCAAGCGUGUACAUACAUUUUUUUUUUUUAUUUUUUUUUGCAUACGUAUAUAUUUGCAUGUACGCGCUCACUUGUGUACAAAGUGUAUAAGCAUGUACAUACAAAGAAAAAAAUCCUUUUUUUAAAAAAAGAUCGCGUUCUAUUUUGCCCCCCUGGGAGAAGGAGAAGUAACGAAAUAUAUAUAUAGAGAGAGAGAGAGAGAUGCGGAGAAACGGUAAUGUUCCUGGAUAUAUUGAAUGCGAUAGAAUCGAGCGUGUUGUAUAAAAGUUUUAGCACGUGUCUAAUUGGAAAGUCAUUGAUCUAACCACGCGUGCGCGCGCGCGCGCGAUCGUAUACGUGUUACAUCGGUCUUGAGGCGUACGAUAACAACACGAUGCAAUAAUUUAAGUGAGUGAUUUAUUAGAUAGCACACAUACUUCGCAGCACACUUUACAAAAGCCUAGACUGCAAACAGCUGUGAAAACUUGUCGAUAGAACGGACACAUUGUUGUAUAGAGAGAGAGAGAGAGAGAGAGAAUUUGAUUUGUUUCUUUUAUCGAUGCUCUCUCGCAAUCGCUACUGUGCUUUCUUUUUUUUUUUUUUUCGUUUUAACGCGAUUUAAUACGAUCCAACGGAAGUUUAGUGCGUAGUUUGGAGAGAAUGGAACAACUGUGCGUUCUUUGUGCGCGACCGAACUAAUCUGUAAUAUAAAAAACACCAAACGGUGUCGGGAACGGAACGGAAAUAUCGUUGGAUUUGUUUUGGCUCCACAAAAUGGUCAUCCCGUGAAGCGCGUCUAUUCUGUCUGUGGUUUACACGUUACAAAAGCGAACGCCGCGAUGCGGAAGCAGCGCAAACUUGUUUCCCACGAGAGGACACACGUUUGAGAUGUACGCGUUUGUGUAUAUGUAUAUAUACAUAUAUACAUAUGUACUAUAUAUAUACCAUAUAUAUAGAGCUAUUCGCGGAUAAAGCCUCGGUCUAUAAAGUGUUUCUAUGAACGAUAUCCACUGUCGAUGAAAAGCUCCGUUAACAUUGCGUAAUUAGGUAAUUAGGUAAGAGAUAUAUGUAAGAGAUAAGAUAUAUAUAUGAUAUAUAUAUGAAAUAAUAUUUAAGUAUUUAAUCAUA